AUUCAUACAAUGUACAAUUCAUAUAUAUAGACACACUCUCGUAUUCAAUAAGGAAAAAUCUUUAUGACGCACUUCAUCUGUUCCUGCUUAUAUUGAUUUGCUGAUUUACAAGUAUUGGUUAUAAUUGUUUAAGUACAAUCCGAAAUGUAUAUACAAGUAUCCGAACUGUACAUGUAGCAUUCGGUUUUCAAUGGAUUCCAUCGUGGUCAUUCUAUUGACAUCUGUUCAUAUUUUGGAAGCAGUUGAUAACGGCAAUUGCUUCAAGAAAACAGGAGUAUGCUGUAAAAACUACGUUCUUCAUGAUGGAAAAUGCACAGAAUGCCCCGCUGGUACGUAUGGUUACAACUGCACAAUGAAAUGUCCAGUGGGUUAUUAUGGAAUUCUAUGCACUGGAAGGUGUAAUUGUUUUCGUAAUGAAACUUGCCACCCAUUAGAAGGCUGUACUGGUGAACCGGAAUAUUUCAUAUCCAAAUAUGAUAAAUGCAAGGCUGGUGAAGAAAAUAAAACGAAUAACGGGUGCUGUGUAAAUCAGCGAAAAAAAGGAGAAAUUUGUACAGAUUGCUGGACUGGGUAUUUUGGAGAAAAUUGUGAAAAGAACUGUCUGCAGGAUCAGGAGAGAUUUGGUCGUUUUUGCCUUGAACGAUGCAAUUGCAAUCCAAAGGAAACGUGUCAUGUCAAUCAUGGUUGCCAGGAUAGAAUGAUAACUACGAGUCGAACAAAAGGUUUCAGUGAAAAGGAAACUACGAGUCAAACAAAAGGUUUCAUGAACUGGGAAACAGUCCUUGGUCUUGUCAUUGGAAUUAUCUUUAUUGCAAUCAUUGGAAUAAAUGUAAUUAAAAGAAUAAAGAGACAACCAAAGAAACAGGGCGACUUGAGUAACACAAAUGUAAAUGAUGUUCAUCAUUUCAACACUUAUAACGAGUAUGGCAUUUCCUCGGAAACAAGGUCAGGAGUUCCAAAAGUCGAAAUUUCUGAGUAUCCUACAUUGCAACGAGAACUGGAAACUGGAAUCCAGAUCGAGCUUGAGGCUUACAGCACAUUCAGUGAUUUCAAAACCUGUUCAAAAGUUUGAUGUUUAAAUAUUAAAUAGAAAUACGCCUCAUUUAGGUAUACGCUAUUUGAAGUGACAAUGAAAUUUAUUAUGGAAUUUAGUUUAACAUUCGGGUUGAAACCCACAUAACCUCAAACCACGAGAGAUCUUUUUUAUUUACAAGUAUUCCUCUUACAUGUACGCUUAAACAAAUAAAAGUGUAUUUUAAUGAGGUGUUAGAUUUCCUCGACAACGUACCAUAUCAACUGUUGUAAAUGUGACUUUUUAAACUCCAAUUACGUUAACGUUUUUGACUCAUUUUCCUAGCGUUGGUCGUUUAUAUUUGGCGAUAAAGCGGUCAAAAUUCUUCAAUUUAAUUGAAACUUUAACAAAAUGACCUUCAGAACUUAUUGUACUUUCAUGUGAAAUAUCGUUUAUUUUUAUGCGCUACAACUGUACAUUUUCAUAAAAGGGAAAAACGCGUACAAAAUAUAGAACAUUUAAAAACUGACAUGCUCCGUGAAGCAUAUCUUAUAAAAAUUAAUUUGUAUAAGUUUUUAGGUCCAUAUCAAAAAAAUGAAUUGUUACAUAUUUCCUAGAAAAUACGUCAAGAUUUAAUAUGAAAAAUUUUGCUAGUAUCAUGCGAAUAGUCCGCUAACAAUCGAACAUGUCCG